ACGUGGUCAGCCCAGCCCAGCACAAUAUUCUGCCACUUUAGAGAGGUCUUUCCGACUGGGAGAUUUUUUUCUCUUUCUCUCUUUCUCAUCCCAGACGGCAGAGAUGCUGCUGCUGCUGCUCUGAGGGAGAGAGGUGAGCGCAUUCUUCACCCCCCCCCAACACUCACCCCACCCCUCAAUCUAAAGCUCCUCCUCUGUCGCUGGAGAGCUCAGACCGGUCACACUUUGCUCAAUGAGAGCAAGAGGGCACCGGAGACGAUUUCCUAAUUUCAACCUGCUGCUACUGCUGCUGUGCCGUGCGGCUGUUUUCUCGCCUCUUUCAAAGAGGCGAAUAUGACGACAUCAUUUGGCAAACCAGACCCUGGGAAACCACUACUGUCAAUUCAGUUCGUUUGAAACCAAACACGACAUGAUGCGUUGUCUCCGGUGAAACUUGCUCCACCACUCUCCCCUCUUCUGCGCACCUAUUGAGAGAGAGGACACCAAAAGCUGCAUAGACAUGGGUUCAGAUCAACCCUGCAUGGAUUCUCCAGAGCCAAGACCCAUAUUGGGUCCUGGCUGUAAGCAGCUGGGCCGUGGGUGUCUGAGGAAAAAGUUCAGGCCCACACGAAUCUUGGGGUUGGCCUUCAGUCUGGUGGCCUUAAGUGCUGUCUCUUACAGUGCCUUUACCUGGAACUCAGGAGGUGUCAGCGAGCCAGUGCUCCCCCAGGAGAGUCUCCAUCAGUCGGCCCCGCACAGGACCCUACUUUUUACCCAACACCAGAGAGACCCCAACGUGUCAGCUGACAUGCCAAUAGCCAUGAAAUCUACAGCAGAUAGCAACGACAGCCAGGGGGAGUACCCACCAGACAUUUUUACCCUCUCCCAGAGGCGCCAAGGAGCAGUGGUCCUCCAUAUGUUUGGCAUGAUCUACAUGUUCAUCGCAUUAGCCAUCGUGUGCGACGAGUUCUUUGUCCCGGCGCUGACAGUCAUCACAGAAAAGCUGACCAUUUCCGAUGAUGUUGCGGGCGCCACCUUCAUGGCGGCGGGAGGAUCAGCUCCAGAACUCUUCACCUCCGUCAUCGGCGUUUUCAUCUCGCACAGCAAUGUGGGCAUCGGGACCAUCGUGGGCUCGGCCGUCUUCAACAUCCUCUUUGUCAUUGGGAUGUGCGCCAUCUUCUCCAAGGAGAUCCUCAACUUGACGUGGUGGCCGCUCUUCCGUGACGUAUCCUUCUAUAUCCUGGAUCUGAUCUUGCUCAUCAUCUUCUUCCUGGAUAACGUCAUCUCCAUGUGGGAAAGUAUCACGCUGCUCACGGGCUACGCCGCCUAUGUGAUCUUCAUGAAGUUCAACAGCAAUGUCGAAGGAUUUGUCAAAGAUUGCAUGAACAAGAACCAAGUGGUAGAAGUAGAGGUACAACCCAAGGAUGAGAAGGCAAGUCCUGGGGCGCCAGAGGAUGACGGCAAGUUGUCGGCGCGGCCUCGCCUUCAAAGGGGAGGUAGUUCUGCCUCGCUGCACAACAGCUUGAUGCGGAACAGCAUUUUCCAGCUGAUGAUCCACACGUUGGACCCUUUAAGUGAAGAAUUUGCUGACUCUGAGCUUGGGACUUAUGGGAAACUAAAAUAUUAUCACUCAAUGACUGAGGAAGGUAAAUUUCGAGAGAAGGCGUCUAUUCUGCACAAGAUUGCUAAAAAGAAAUGCCAAGUGGAGGAUAGUGAAAAGGCCAAUGGAGUAGCGAGUCGUUCAGAUAAGAACCUUCCUAACAGCUCCAGUGUGGAAGUGGAGGUGACCCCACCUAUGAAUGGAACAGCAGGGCAAGAGGGGGAGACGGCUGAGGAUGAAGAAGAAGAGGACCAGCCUCUGAGCCUGUCCUGGCCUGAAUCUAGCCGCAAGCGCUUCACCUACCUCCUGAUCAUGCCUAUUGUCCUUCCCCUGUGGCUAACGCUGCCUGACGUCAGGAAAACGUCAUCAAAGAAGUUCUUCCCCAUUACAUUCCUGGGUGCCAUCUGCUGGAUUGCAGGAUUCUCCUACCUAAUGGUGUGGUGGGCCCAUCAGGUUGGAGAGACCAUUGGGAUUACAGAAGAGAUUAUGGGACUGACUAUAUUAGCAGCUGGAACCUCUAUCCCUGACCUCAUCACCAGUGUUAUUGUGGCACGCAAGGGGCUGGGUGAUAUGGCUGUAUCCAGCUCUGUAGGCUCCAACAUCUUUGACAUUACUGUUGGACUGCCGCUCCCCUGGCUCCUGUGGUCCCUAUUCAAAGGCUUGAGACCGGUGCAAGUCAGCUCCAACGGCCUCUUCUGUGCAAUCGUGCUCCUCUUCCUCAUGCUCCUCUUCGUCAUCAUCUCCAUCGCCGCCUGCAAGUGGCGCAUGAGCAAGCUGCUCGGCUUCAUCAUGUUCAUGUUGUACUUCGUCUUCCUGGUGGUCAGUGUCAUGCUAGAGAACAAAGUCAUUAGCUGCCCGGUGACUAUUUAAGGACCUUUCAGGGACCUACAUCCCCUCCGUCACCCUCACCACCGUAACCAUCCUAUUUGUCUGCUGUCUGUCUCACCUGACCCUUUGCGAUCCUUUACACCAGGAACAAAAGAAAAAAAAAGAAGAACUGUACAAGAGAUGAAUGAAAACUGUGGGAUCUCCCUUUAUUUUCAGUGAGCAGGUGGUGGUGGGGAGCGCUUAAACCAUUAAGGGACAAGACUACGGCUUGACUGGUUUAACAUAGGCUUAACAAGAGUGGAUUUUAAAUAUGUUGUUAUUUUCACUGGCAGGUGAGGAGGG